AUGAUGAAGCUUCAUCGCAUUCUGCGUAGUCUACCUUUUGUACCAAUGGCUUUAUCCACCUUUGAUACCAUAGAACGCUCUGCAGCUUCUUCUACUGCCACAGAUUCAACAUCGCAUUCAUUUGUGUCAGAUGGUCCACCAUACUUCAUCUCACCGAAGCAUGACGGAGUGCGCAUCCUGUCGUACGUGAGUGAACAUGCCGAAUCCCUCAAAUCAACGUGUUUUUCUCGCUUUGGGCGACCUGUUCAUGGCAUGUUUUGGAUUGAAGAAGAACUCCGUCUCUUGCGAUGGCUCUGCGGAGACCCACGGCUGGUCUUGGAUGGAGAGCUAUACGUUCAUAAAGAGCCUCAUGCACGAUCAACGGGUGACGAUGGGGCUAGAACCGGGUUUUUCUCUGUUUCAGCUCUGGUGCAUCGUUUGCGCGGGCCUAAAUCGGCCUGUUCCUCUGAGGAGGAGGUGCUCAGUUAUGUUGCGUCACUCCCCCGUUUGUGUGUGUUUGACAUUGUUUCCUUUCAGCCAUCGGACAAGACAAAUUUGUCUGAGGAGAGCAGUGGGCGAGGCCUUUCGCGGAUUGAGAAGGAGCGCGUGUCGCUUCUCCGAGAGGUGAUGAAGGCCAAUGGCGUUCGUGAUUUAGAAAUGCUGCGUGUCAUUCCAAAUUAUUCAGUCUUUUCACAGCGAUUGAAGGCGAUGCAUUUUCUAAUGUGCGUCUUGCAUCGCGCCCGCGCCUCUUCUAUUUUGUUCCCUGGCAGGGCUGUGAGUGUCACCACCUCCAAGAAACAUGAGAUGAAAAGACGAAACGGCAACUCUUCCGAUAUGGCGGUGGGUGUGACAAACGUCGGUGGGGAGUAUUUGCAGCUUGUGAAGUACUCGCUGCUUCACUCCCUUGACGAUGCAAAAAAGGUGUAUCUCAAGAAAUAUCUCUCAUGCGGGUAUGAAGGUGCCGUCAUUCGCAGUGCGUCAAAUGUGUAUGAGCUGAAGGAGAAGGAAAGAGGUGUCUUACUGGGGCUCUUGGACCCACUCAUUUCCGUGGGGGAACGCCCGUUUGUGAACAAACAGGCUGCCUGCUGGCCAAAGCGGUCGCUUCUGGUGGCGGAGGCCCCGCCACUCCUUCGCACAUAUGCCAAGAACGGAUUGCUCGCUUCCAUGGGUUCUGGUGAAUACGAUUGGACGGAUUUUGUAGCGGAUGAGAAUGAAGCAGAGGAGGCGAAUCACCAGGCUGUCGUGGGGGCAGCAGUAAGGCGGGCAAAGCAGAAUGCUCGCCGUAGCACCACAGCUGUCAAAUUGCUUCCGUUUUGUGACAGGGAGUAUGCAAUUCUAAAGCCACUGCUGAAGAUACCGUCAGCCAACCCACGCGCUCGAAAACUUGUUAGCGUUCCUCUGAAAUUGCUUCACGGAGGUCGUGAUGCCAUCUCAGUCCCUCGGACCGCUUUUGGGAAGGCCGCGUCCAAGAAGAAUGAGAAGAGCAAAGUGGCAGUUUUUUACGGUCUGCAGUGUCUCAGCGAAACGGGGCGUGUGUUUAACGUUUCACUUCCCAAGAUGGAUGUCGCGAAGCAGCGAGCCUUGCUGGAUCACCUCUUGGAAGUGACAGGGGGCUCCAGGAAGAUGGGUGGGAAAAGAAACACUGGGGGAGUUGGUUGCCGUUCACUGACUGGUUUGUACGCCACGGUUAAGUAUUCUUCACUCACGGAGUACGGCAUUCCGCGUUUUGGUCAAGUGAAGGCCAUACGCGGAGGCAAGGGAUGGUUUUUGUGA